CAAAAGGCCAGGGGUCAGGGAAAAGGUUACCCCGCCCCCCCGCCUGUUAUAGCCCCACGGCCCCUCGGCCCCCCAGUCACCCAGCACCGCCUGGAGCUGCCGUGUGCCACCAGAGACUCCUGCCAGACUCCCGCUUCCGUCAGUCACGAUGCCUCACCAGUACCCGGCCCUCACCCCGGAGCAGAAGAAGGAGCUUUCGGACAUCGCCCACCGCAUCGUGGCCCCUGGCAAGGGCAUCCUCGCCGCCGAUGAGUCCACCGGCAGCAUCGCCAAGCGGCUGAGCUCCAUCGGCGCGGAGAACACGGAGGAGAACCGGCGCUUCUAUCGCCAGCUGCUGUUCACGGCCGACCAGCGGGUCAAUCCCUGCAUCGGCGGCGUCAUCCUCUUCCAUGAGACCAUGUACCAGAAGGCCGACGACGGCCACCCCUUCACCAAGGUCAUCAAGGACAAGGGCGGCGUGGUGGGCAUCAAGGUGGACAAAGGCGUCGUGCCCCUGGCCGGGACGAACGGGGAGACCACCACGCAGGGGCUGGACGGCCUGGCCGAGCGCUGUGCCCAGUACAAGAAGGACGGGGCCGACUUUGCCAAGUGGCGCAGCGUGCUGAAGAUCUCGGAGCACACGCCCUCCCCGCUGGCCAUCCUGGAGAACGCCAACGUCCUGGCGCGCUACGCCAGCAUCUGCCAGCAGAACGGCAUCGUGCCCAUUGUGGAGCCGGAAAUCCUGCCCGAUGGGGACCAUGACCUGAAGCGCUGCCAGUACGUCACCGAGAAGGUGCUGGCGGCCGUGUACAAGGCGCUGAGCGACCACCACGUCUACCUGGAGGGGACGCUGCUGAAACCCAACAUGGUGACGCCCGGCCACGCCUGCCCCAAGAAAUACAGCGCUGAGGAGAUCGCCAUGGCGACCGUCACCGCCCUGCGCGCACUGCCCCCUUCUGACCCCCCCGCCCCCCCAGGCAUCACCUUCCUGUCCGGCGGGCAGAGCGAGGAGGAGGCUUCGCUGAACCUCAACGCCAUCAACCGGUGCCCCCUGCACAAGCCCUGGGCCCUCACCUUCUCCUACGGCCGCGCCCUGCAGGCCUCCGCCCUCCGGGCCUGGGCCGGCAAGAAGGAGAACGCCAAGGCCGCCCAGGAGGAGUACGUCAAACGGGCCCUGGCUAACAGCCUCGCCUGCCAGGGGAAAUACACCCCAAGUGGCCAGGGCGGAGCCGCUGCCAGCGAGUCCCUCUUCGUCUCCAACCACGCCUACUAAAUGUGGGGUCCCCGCCAGCCCCCGCUGCCUGCCCCGGCCUGCGGCUCCUGGCCUGCAGAAGAGCGUGAAGAACCCAGGAGUCCGGGCCCCCCUUCCCGUGCUGUGCGUGUCUCCGCUUGUGCUCCCCCUUCUGGUGACAGACGACACUCCAGGCGUGCACCCCCCGACCGAGCUGCUGGCCCCCACCCCGGGGUGGGGGCAGGGGUGACCCCCCGAUCCUACAAUAAAGAGGAAACUAUUUAAACAGA